ACAAGCCCCAAGCAGGCAAGCAGCAGAUUUCAGUACGUUGCGAUUUCAUGUGAAGAACGUGUGCGUUUCACAAUUUCAACGCUCUCUCUCGUGCGCGUUGCGUUAACACAACAUUUUGUUUUUAACUGAUCGACGACAUCGCGUUGAUUGAAAAAAAUUUAAAAAUUACUACAAGCUCACAAGAACAGUGAUUUUUAUUGUUGUUUCUUUUUUCUCUUCUUAGUGAAGUGACCUCCCGCCAAUGGGCGACACACAUACAAACAAAUAGGUAUGUGUGCAUAUAUCUAUGUGUGUACACCUUUUUUACCUUGACAGCGCACUAAAUUAUUUGCGCUUUCACUUUCGGCUGAUCGUUGUCGCUUCUGUGAAAAAUUAGUACAUACAAAUGAACCAGAAAAUAAGUAACUGAAAAAUAGAUAGAGUGACAAUUUGAAACAAAAUAACAAGAACAAACCAUGCUUAUAUAUAUAUGUAUGUAUGUAUAUGUGUCCCUUAAAAGAUGACUAUUAAACAAAGAAGCGCACACAGUGAUAAAUUAAACUAAAAAAGUUGUGAAAAAAUUUAAAAGAGAAAAUUGAUUAUAAAAAAACAUACAUGACGAAAUAAAAUAAUAAUAAAAGCAACAACAAAAAGUCAGAAAAACUUAAAAAAUCAACCGUAAAAAAUAAAAAAAAACGAAAUUAUAAAAAAUAAAAAUUAUAAUAAAAAAUUGAAAAAAACUAAAAAAAAAGUAAAAAUAAAAUUAAAAAAGAUUAAAAAAAAUUAAAAAGAUUAAAUUAAAAAAAGACAAAAAAGGAAAUUUAAAUGAAAGUGUACAUAUAUAUUUGUAUCUGUUGCAAGUUUAUACCAACUCAUCUCUCAGCAUUGCGAUCUAGUGCUAAAUAAAAAGUGAUUCAUACCGGUAACUUGCGGUUCUACUUAAUAUACUCGUACUAAAAAAAAGCAAAAAAAAAAACGCUUUUUGUCCACUAAAUGGAAUAAGUGAAAAAAGCAACUCGUGAUUUUAGAGAUUUUAUUUGUGUCUGUGCACGUUAAAACACCCCCAAUAAAUUCGCCUACAAACCAUUGGCCAUCUUCUACACGCCACACUCUCCUUUGCUGUACUUUUCGUUUUUCUUGUGACCUGUGGAAUUUGAACUGUUCGCAAAAUGGCUGCCAUCGUCACGUCCAUUUUGCUUUCCCUCGCAGCGAGUCAAAAAAAUCGCUUGAAUGCGAAUUUGUUUUGACCGGCUGUGCUUCGCUACCAAGAGGCCAGCCACUACAGAGCACAGCAGUGAUAGCAGUGAUUCACCGCACACCCAACCGCCCGAUCGGUUACAGAGUAAUAAUGAGCAGCGCAAACUGAACACCAUAACGACCAAACAACCGCCACCCACAAAUAACAGUAAACAGAAUUCCACCUCACGGACAUAUGCUCAACCGUGGAUAAUUAGUAAGAGUAACGGUAAUGGUAGUAAUAGCCAGAAGAAUACCCAAAACGCUUUAGAUCCACCAAAAAUAAGUCAUAACGGUCGCGCACAAACAACAACAGCACGACAAGCGUCCAACGGCGGCGAACUGAGCGUACUUUACGCAAGACUUAACGCCUCCGAUUUAUUGAACACAGCACAAAUUACGACGACGACGACGAUAAAGACGAAGACGAGCACUGAGGAGGGUCCAGCAAACGCAACAGCUUCUUUGGCGGCAAUCGACAGUGCGGCAGAGCGGCAAUCGUUUCGCCAAAAGUCAACAGUCAUCAGUGGAAAAGCUUCAGACACAACAACACCAGCAAAUAGUUGUGAGCACGAAGAAUAUAGUCAAUUUAAUAAUAGCUCGGACAGCGGCAUUGGCAGCAGUCUGAGAGCCAGCAGCAACAGUGGAAAUUGUCUAGUGAAAACAAAAACAAACGAAACCACAAACGCAAACGAGGUGCGAGAAAGCAAUAUUUCCAUUGCGCAUCCCGAACCGAACGCCACCGCAACAUCAGCAACAACAACCACCACCACCACCACCAAAAGCAAUUCACAAACGUGUAAUACGGUACUGCGUCAGAGCGACCUCGUCGACCACGUCACGGCCAACGGCGUUAUCGCUGGCAAAGAGACCGAAACGACCGUAGCAUUAGCAGGCGCGGGUGGCGCAGAGUGGGCGACUGACGACGUUGAGCAAACAAGCAAAAGUGCCGCCAACAUGCAGCAGGAACCGAACGCCAAUUUUCAGUUCCAACCCGAUCUGGGACUGGUGAACAACAAUAGUUUGCCCGCGCUAACCGGACUCGGCAGUCAAACGGGCGCGAUACGUACGCUCACAUUACCGCUACAACAAGACGUUAUCGCGCAAACCUUCAUAUACGGCACCGUACCACCAUCUGCUGCACAACAUAUUAACUCACUGCAACAGCAAGAACUCCAGCUCCAGCAUCGUUACCAUCAGCUACAACAGUUGCAGGCGCAAACACAAGGUCUCUUCUUGAAUACAAACGCACCGGGCACCGUAGCAGCAGCUGCUGCCGCCGCCGCGGUCGCACAAGGUGGUGGCACAUCCUUUGUGGUCGGCACGCCGCCACAACUCUACGCCGCAACACAGCCCACUGCCGGUGAUUAUUGUAGUGCAGUGCAACAGCAAAAACUUCUCACCGAACAAAUGCAGGGAUUAUGCAUAGCUGGCGCUGGCGCCGCACCUGCCAAUGUGCCGCCUGCGGGUACGACGACCAUAAAUUCCCUGCUCGACUCCUCGGUGGCAAUGAAUAUAUUGAAUAAUAGUUAUGUGCCAACGUCGCCGCAGGAGGAACGUUUCAUGCAGAUCAUACAAGCGAAAGAGCUGAAGAUUCAAGAGAUGCAGCGUGCGAUACAGCAAAAGGACACAGAGAUUGCUGAGUUGAAAUCACAUCUGGAUAAAUUUCAAAGUGUAUUCCCCUUUAGUCGUCACUCAAGUACGGCCACAACACCGGGCGCUGGUGUGCAGCAGCGUAAGAGUGGUCAGGCUCAUCAGCGACAGCGUGCACAGGGCAUCUCUGCGGAGCCGCAGAGCGAAUCUUCAGUACUGUUGGAGCCGGGCGCAUUACCGAAAUAUGACAAGGAUGAGAGAUCACGUGAACUCAUCAAAUCAGCCAUAUUGGAUAAUGAUUUCAUGAAGAAUUUGGAUAUAACUCAGAUACGCGAAAUUGUCGAUUGCAUGUAUCCGGUUAAAUAUGCGGCAAAGAGUCUCAUCAUCAAGGAGGGUGAUGUCGGCAGCAUUGUUUAUGUCAUGGAAGAGGGUCGCGUGGAGGUCUCACGUGAGGGCAAAUACUUAUCGACACUCUCCGGCGCCAAAGUGUUGGGCGAAUUGGCCAUAUUAUAUAACUGCCAGCGUACGGCGACCAUAACGGCUAUAACGGAAUGUAAAUUAUGGGCCAUAGAACGACAAUGCUUCCAAACGAUAAUGAUGCGCACUGGCCUCAUACGGCAGGCGCAGUAUACCGAUUUUCUCAAGAGUGUGCCCAUCUUCAAAAAUCUGCCAGAAGAUACACUCAUCAAAAUCUCAGAUGUGCUAGAAGAGACCCACUACCAAAUGGGUGACUACAUUGUACGUCAAGGAGCACGCGGUGAUACCUUCUUUAUCAUAUCGAAGGGUCAAGUGCGCGUAACGAUCAAACAGCCGGAUACGCAAGAGGAGAAAUUCAUACGCACACUGGUUAAAGGAGAUUUCUUCGGCGAGAAGGCGUUGCAAGGCGAUGACUUGCGUACAGCGAAUAUUAUAUGUGAUUCCGCCGAUGGCGUCACUUGCCUGGUGAUCGAUCGAGAGACGUUCAACCAACUGAUAUCGAAUUUAGAUGAAAUUAAGCAUCGCUACGACGAUGAAUGCAUAGGCGAGCGCAAAAAAAUUAAUGAGGAAUUCGACAAUGUGAAACUGACCGAUUUGCGUAUAAUCGCCACACUCGGUGUUGGCGGUUUCGGACGCGUUGAGUUGGUGCAAAUUAACGGUGAUAGUAGCCGCUCGUUUGCGUUGAAACAGAUGAAGAAGUCACAAAUUGUCGAAACACGCCAACAACAACAUAUUAUGUCCGAAAAGGAGAUUAUGGGCGAAGCCAAUUGUCAAUUUAUUGUGAAAUUGUUCAAAACAUUUAAGGAUCGCAAAUAUUUGUAUAUGCUAAUGGAGAGCUGCCUCGGUGGCGAGUUAUGGACCAUACUGCGUGAUCGUUGUAAAUUCGAUGAUGCCACUACACGCUUCUACACUGCCUGCGUGGUGGAGGCCUUCCAAUAUCUGCACUCACGCAAUAUCAUCUAUCGUGAUUUGAAGCCGGAAAAUCUGCUGCUCGACGAGAAGGGCUAUGUGAAGCUGGUGGAUUUCGGUUUUGCCAAGAAACUACAAUCAGGUCGUAAAACGUGGACGUUCUGCGGCACACCGGAGUAUGUGGCGCCUGAGGUGAUACUGAAUCGAGGUCAUGAUAUUAGCGCUGAUUAUUGGUCACUUGGUGUGCUGAUGUUUGAGCUGCUGACGGGCACACCGCCAUUUACCGGCUCAGAUCCAAUGCGCACCUACAAUAUUAUAUUGAAGGGUAUUGAUGCCAUCGAAUUUCCCCGUGACAUUACACGCAAUGCCAGUAAUUUGAUUAAGAAAUUGUGUCGUGAUAAUCCCGCUGAACGUUUGGGUUAUCAACGCGGUGGUAUUAGUGAAAUACAAAAGCAUCGCUGGUUCGACGGUUUCUAUUGGCUGGGCUUACAAAAUCGCACACUGGAACCGCCAAUCAAGCCAACAGUCAAGAGUGUCAUAGACACAACGAAUUUCGAUGCAUAUCCACCAGAUCCAGAGGGACCACCGCCAGAUGACUUAACCGGUUGGGAUAAAGACUUUUGAGUGGGAGGAAAAUCAGAAAUCGAGAGCAGAAUAUUAAAUAAGCUUAAAUAAGUAGCAGAAGAAAAAGCAGAAGCCGAAAAGCACACGACACUGUAAAAAUGCACAGUUAUCAUUUUAUUUUGGCUGUUAUUUCAAAAAAAAAA